AUGUAUGGGUUUGGAGGGGAGAGAAAAGAUAGGCGAGAAAAUGGUGAAAAUGAUGGAGCAAGAAAACGAGAGAGAUCCUCAAACUACGCUUCACUUCUUUCUGGGUGUCUAAUAUUGAUGGUAUCACGACUCUUUGUAGCUUUACUACUUCUCUGCUUAGCAGCAGAGUCUUGUUAUGGUGGCGUGCUCUUCUCCUCUCUCCCAAGAACUCUUGAAAUCACGGCUUCUCCCCAACAAGGACAAGUAUUGAGAGCGGGUGAGGACAGGAUUACUGUGAGUUGGGGUUUUAAUCAGAGCGUCCAGGCGAGUGAUGAAUCGUAUAAGAGGGUGAAGGUGAGUUUGUGUUAUGCACCUGUGAGCCAAGUGGACCGCGGCUGGAGGAAAACUGUGGAUAAUUUGAGCAAGGACAAGACCUGCCAAUUCACCAUUGUUGAGAGGGCUUAUGAUGCUUCUGUGAGAAAUCAUAUUUAUGAGUGGAUGAUUGAGAAAGAUGUGCCUGAAGCAACUUACUUUGUGAGAGUUUAUGCCUACAACUCGGCGGGUGAAGACGUUGCAUUUGGUCAAACUACUGAUGUAAAGAAGAAAAGUGGCCUGUUUGAAAUCCGAGGUAUCAGUGGGCGUCAUUUGUCCCUUGAGAUUGCUUCUGUAUGCUUCUCUGCUUUUUCUGUAGCGUCUUUGUUUGGAUUUUUCUUGAUAGAGAAAAGAAAAGCCAAGGGCUUUUCAAAGAAUUGAGAGAAAGGGGUAGGAAGAUUGUAGUGUGGUGCAAACAUAAAUGCAUUGGACUUGUUCUUAUAAGAAGAACAAAAUAUAUCUAUAGAUUGAUGUUAAAAAAACAGUUGAAUUCAUCAUAAAUGCUCGCCUGCCAUGCUUUCUGAAAUGGGUGAAAUGCUGUCUUAACUUUUAGUAUUCUAUAUUUUACCUAAUCAGCCAUAUCCUGAAUUCCUGAUGGCUGAUGCAACUAAAAUGAUGAUACUGCAUCCUAAGCACUAAACAGGACAUGGUGUGUGUUAUUUAAUUCCAUAAUUACAAAAAGGAUGUUAU